AUGGCGUCCUCCUCGCCGCCGCACGUCGUGGAGGACGUGCCCCCGUUCCUGCAGCUCCUCAGCGACGGCACGGUGAUCCGCUUCACUGACGCCUACCCGCUCCCCAUCCCGUCGCCGCCGCCCGGCCAGCCCGUCGUCGACUGGAAGGACGUUCUGUACGACGCCAGCCACGGCCUCAAGCUCCGCAUCUACAGGCCGGCGGCGGCCUCCUCCUCCGGGAACAAGCUCCCGGUGAUCGUCUACUUCCACGGCGGCGGGUACAGCAUCGGUAGCUUCGACAUGCCCAACUUCCAUGCGUGCUGCGUCCGCCUCGCCGGCGAGCUCCCGGCUUUGGUGCUCUCUGCAGACUACCGCCUCGCCCCCGAGCACCGCUUCCCCGCGGGUCUCGACGACGCGGCGAACGUCGUGUCCUGGGUGCGCGCCCAGGCAGCGGCUGUUGGGGACAACGCCGACCCAUGGCUCUCGGAGACGGCGAACUUCGGCCGGGUGUUCGUCGCCGGGGACUCGGCCGGCGGGGGCGUCGUCCACCACACGGCCGUCCGCCUCGCGUCGGGCCGGUUAGGCCCCCUCGACCCCGUUCGCGUCGCCGGGUGCGCGAUGCUCUGCCCGAUGUUCGGCGGGGAGGAGAGGACGGCGUCGGAGGCGGAGUUCCCGCCGGGCCCGUUCCUGUCGCUGCCGGCGGUCGACCAGGCGUGGCGCCUGGUGCUGCCGCCUGGGUCCACGAGGGACCACCCGCUGGCCAACCCGUUCGGCCCGGACAGCCCGGCCCUUGACGGCGUCGCGCUGCCUCCGAUGCUCGUUGUGGCCGCCGCGCGCGACCUGCUGCGCGACCGCGCCGCGGACUAUGCCGCGAGGCUCAAGGCCAUGGGGAAGCCGGUGGAGCUCGUGGAGUUCGAGGGGCAGCACCACGGGUUCUUCGCGGUCGAGCCGUACGGCGACGCCGGCAGCGAGGUGGUCCGGCUCGUCAAACGGUUUGUCUACGGCAACGGCGGCGCCUCCGACUAA